AUGGACAGUCCAUAUUCCAAAGAACUGCACGUCGCUAUCGGGGCCAUUCAAUCGGCAGCCAAAAUCAGCCAGUCCGUUAUUUCAGCCGAAGACAAAGGCACAAUCAAGAAAGACGACCUCAGUCCAGUCACCGUAGCUGAUUUCGCGAUCCAGGCGCUGCUGACAGCCACUAUCCACCAUGCAUUUCCCGCCGACAAGUUCGUGGGGGAGGAGUCCGCGGCCGAUCUAAGAGACAGUCAGACUCUACGUGACCGCGUGUGGGAUCUUCUCAGACGGCUCGAGGAGGAUGAGAAGCAAUCGCUAUGCAAGCUUCCCGAGUCACCUGACCAGAUGUGCGAGAUGAUCGACUGGUGCGGCUUCGGCGAGCCUGGGGGACCUGGUGCUGGGCGAGUCUGGGUGUUCGAUCCCAUCGAUGGCACAAAGACGUUUGUGCAGCGCGAGGCAUAUGCCAUCAACGUUGCCCUCUUGGAGGCUAGCAAGCAAGUCCUCAGCAUCGUGGGCUGCCCGACGCUCCCGGUCGAUGCCGAGGCACCUGUCUCAAACACCACGGUUGACCCAUCAGGCCAAGGUUGCAUAGCUUUUGCCGCCAAGGGGUACGGCACGUAUGUGCGCACCCUGACUGAAUCCCUCGGCAGCACUCAAGUCCGGAAGAUCGAGCCUCUACCUGAGACUGCGAUGCCUCAAGACCUGCGCGCCGUUUCGUGCUACCACAUGCUAGACUCUGGGGUUGACGAUGCUCACCAAGCCAUCAUGGAAAGGCUCGGCAUCAGUUCCCGUGGUUGCGACUUCCUUGCCUGGGUAUUACGCUGGGUGAGCUUGGGACUGGGACUUGCCAACAUGACGGUUUGGGUCUACAAACGACGGGACCGAGGUGGGAACGUAUGGGAUCACGCAGGAGCGAUGCUCCUAUUUGAAGAGAUUGGUGGCAAGAUCACGGACAUUGAUGGAAAGGACAUCGACUUGAGUGUAGGACGGAAGCUGACGUCCAAUCAUGGGUUCGUCGCCGCCCCAAGGGCCAUCCACGCCAUGGUCCUGCAGACUGUGCAUGAAGUCUUGCAGGCGCAAGGGAGAGUGCAUCUUCUUGCUUAG